AAAUCUUUUUGGGUUGAGAAUGAGGGGCGUCGUGGGACUGACGACGGGGCUGGCGGCGCUCGCGGCCGUCGUUAGCGCGUGGGAGCCGCAGCCCGAGGGCUACGAGCUCAUCGACGGACCAAGCCGCCAUGACAACGCGUCCAUCGAAGCGUGGCGAAGCAAGUGGGCGACGUGGAAGGAGCUCGAGUUGCGCACCGUGCGCUACUCGGCCAAGGACGUCAAGAGCGUGUACAACACGCCGGCCUUGCAAUGGACGCAGACAAGUCUGCUCCAAGUCUUUGUCAUGAUGCAUGACCGCAUGCUCUUUGACCGCGAGACGAAUGCCUACACGCUCGACAAGUACCUCGCGACGUUCGACCUGCAGUUUGACAGCGUCCUCCUCUGGCCAUCGUACCCGAACCUUGGCAUCGACACGCGCAACCAGUGGGAUCUGUGGUAUUCGCUGCCGGGUGGCAUCGACGGCGUCAAGCAGCUCGUCGCAGACUUCCACGCGCGCAACAUCCGCGUCUUCUUGCCCUACUUGCCGUGGGACACAGCAACACGCGACCCGAACCCGACCAAGUCGCGCUACCAGUCCGAUAUCGAUGAGCUCUACGACGUGCUGCGUGCGACGGGCGCCGACGGCGUAAACGGUGACACGCUAUACGGCGUGCCCUCCUCGUUCUACCGACCGAACGAAGGCAUGGCGACUUGCCCCGAAGGUGGUGUGCCCUCGUCCGACUUGGGCACGAACCCGAUGAGCUGGGGCUACUACUACGGCUUCUCGAGCUUCCCGCCCGUCGCGCGCGCCAAGUUCUUGGAGCCGCGCCACAUGGUGCUCAUCUGCAGCCGCUGGUCGCUCAACCGCGGCCUCGAGUUUCAGCUCUCGCACUUCAACGGCGCCGGGUACGUCAUUUGGGAAAACAUUUGGGGCAUCUGGAACGGCAUGACGAAGCGCGAGGUCGAGACGCUCAAGCGGUCCAUGUCGAUUCUCCAGCGCUUCUCGUUUGCGCUGCCAAGCCUCGAGUGGACGCCCCAUGUACCUGGCUUGCCAUCCAACGUUCAUGCGUCCAAGUUCCCCGUGCGGUCGGCGAACGCAAUCUUUUACACUGCGAUUCGAACGAGCAACCAAGUCUUUGAUGGCGACCUCUCGCUCACGCUGGACGCGUACUUAAACGCGUCGACGGUCGCUGUGUACGACCUGUACUACGGCAAAGCCGUGCCUGCAAAGGCGUCCGGAUCCUCCGUCACCUUUCGUGCGCGCAUUGAGGAGUACGGCUACGCUGCGUACUAUGUCGUGGCCGCUGGCAGCGAGCCCGAGUGGCUCGCCACGUUUCUCGCGGCGAUGCGCGCCCGCACGACGACGCCACUGGCUACGUACGACACCAGCCGUCCGAUCUUGCAGCAGCGCAUGACGACGCAGUCGUCGGCAACGGCGGUCGUCGUUGGCCCGGAUGCGUCCAGCACCUUCGACCAGCGCGCGCCGGCUUCAACCAACGUCUCGGAGCUCCUCCACCUGGUGCGUAUCCCAGGCACAAAGGCGUGGACGUUUAGCGUCGACGGCGUCCAGAUCGAGCCCGUGCCCGCGUGGACGCCCAACGGCAACGACUAUGGCGUCGGCGUCCAAUUCCCAUGGGAAGACCGACCGCGGCCGCACCACGCGACGGAGCUCUGGAUCGAGGAUUUUCAAAUCAUGAAGUACCCGGUCACGAACGCCCAGUACCACGCGUUCCUCGCGUCUUCCAAGUACGUGCCGACGGACGUCGAUCGUUUCCUCCUGCACUGGAGCGGCCGCCUUCACGAGGAUGGCUCGUACGCGCCCAUCACGUCGUGGUCGGUGCCCAAAGCGAUCGCGUCGCAGCCCGUCGUGCACGUCUGCCUCGAAGAUGCGCAGGCCUUUGCAGCCUACUACGGUCUGCGCUUGCCCCACGACUGGGAGUGGCAGUACGUCGCCUCCAACGGCCUCGCGUACAACCUUGUGCCGUACGGCGACGCAUUGGAUUCGUCCCGACACCCACGCCUCCAGCGCCAGGGUGACGACAUCGCCGCCGUCGACGUCGAUGCGUAUCCCGCCGGGUGCGCGGCGGCAUCCGACGUCUGCGCGCUCGUCGGGCACGUGUGGCAAAUGACCGACGCCUUCUGCGACGACCGUACGUGCAGCGUCUUGGUUCGCGGCGGCAGCGCGUACGCCCCGGUCGCGUCGAGCCUCCGAGACCCCAACUGGUACUUUCCAGCGAUCGCGUCGACCAACAAGCACGGCAAGUUCCUCACGCUGAGCCAGAGCUACGACCGCGCCGCCACGAUCGGGUUCCGCUGCGCAGCCUAAGAUCGUAGACGUCGACAGCGUUGGUUGUCGAUGGCGUAAGCACGGAUUACGCAGCGAUUUUGAUGCACACUG